AGCACAAUGGACGUCAUUUUCCUAUACCUCUGCACUGUUGUGCUGGGAUACUUCAUAUUCAAAAAAAUUAAAGAUUGGCAAAAUCUACCGCCAGGACCAUGGGGUUUGCCUGUGUUUGGUUAUUUGCCAUUUCUUGACCGCCGCCUUCCACAUUUAACACUAACAGAGUUGUCAAAACAGUACGGCCCAAUAUAUGGAAUAAGCAUGGGAAGUGUUUAUACUGUCGUUUUGUCGGAUCACAAAUUGAUAAGAGAUGCCUUCGCAAAAGACAGCUUCUCAGGGCGCGCACCCCUCUACCUGACGCACGGAAUAAUGCAUGGCAACGGUAUAAUUUGCGCCGAAGGAGGACUAUGGAAAGAUCAGAGGAAGCUGGUUACGACCUGGCUUAAAAGUUUCGGAAUGACUAAGCACGGCGUGUCGCGAGAUAAACUGGAAGCACGCAUUUCAUCCGGCGUAUAUGAAUUACUUGAAAAUGUCGACAAAAGCGGCGGGGCUCCCAUGGAUUUGACACAUAUGCUAACGAAUUCAUUAGGAAAUGUUGUUAAUGAAAUUAUAUUUGGUUACAAAUUUCCACCUGAAGACAGAACUUGGACUUGGUUUCGACAAAUUCAAGAGGAAGGGUGUAAUGAAAUGGGCGUAUCAGGUGUAGUCAACUUUUUGCCUUUUGUUAGGUUUCUAUCAUCAUCAACUAGGAAAACCAUUGAAGUAUUAACGCGCGGUCAAGCUCAAACGCACAGGUUGUACGCUAGCAUUAUAUAUAAAAGACGCAAGACUUUAGGAUUACAGACGCCAGAAGGAGCAGAAUAUCCCCUACAUCAUAAUUUAUUUAGUGAGCAUCCUGAAGGUCAUAUCAAAUGUAUCAAAUACAGCAAAUACUCGUCCAAUACAGAAGAACAUUUCUUUGAUCCGGAGAUCUUAAUUCCAACUGAUGGUGAAUGCAUCUUGGAUAACUUCUUAGCCGAACAGAAGAAGAGGUUCGAAAGUGGCGAUAAGAAUUCAUGCUAUGUAACGGACGAGCAACUACUCUACCUCCUGGCGGACAUGUUCGGCGCAGGCCUUGAUACAACAUCUGUUACACUCGCCUGGUUCUUGCUAUAUAUGGCGCUCUACCCCGAAGAACAAGAAAUAGUCCGGCAAGAAAUGCUUAAAGUUUACCCAGAAGAAAGGCAAAUUGACGGAACAGAUCUUCCUCAUCUAAUGGCAGCUAUCUGCGAAACACAGAGAAUACGCUCGAUUGUACCUGUAGGCAUACCUCACGGCUGCCUCGAAGAUACAUUUCUGGGAAAUUAUAGAAUACCUAAAGGAACUAUGGUGGUUCCGUUACAAUGGGCACUUCACAUGGACCCAAACGUCUGGGACAAUCCGCAAGAAUUUCGACCAAGUCGUUUCUUAGCUCCUGAUGGAAGCUUGCUUAAGCCUCCCGAAUUUAUACCUUUCCAAGUUGGCAAGCGUAUGUGUCCCGGAGACGAGCUUUCGCGUAUGCUCGCGUAUGGGUUGGUAGCGCGACUUUUCCGACGCAAGAGAAUUCGCUUAGCCUCUAACCCACCCACGGAACAAGAAAUGAUGGGAACUGUAGGUGUCACUUUAUCUUCUCCACAUGUGAAAUUCUUCUGUGACCCAUUGUAACUUAUUUUUAAUAAGAUUUUCUGGUUUGUGUCUACGGUUUGUGAACUAGCAUUUACAUGUUAAUAACAAUUUAGUAUAUAUAAAAUAUGUAUACUGAAUAUUUAAUGAAAAAAAAAUUAUACACUAUAAUAU